GAAGCCAUAGACUAUAUAAAUAAGGUGGAAGCAGAGCUCGGCACUAGGACCCAGCAGGUGCAGCCCCGUGUUAUUUCAGCGGUGUGCAGCUCGGUCCGGCAGCAGAGCGCUGGUCUACAGCAGCGGCAGCAGCGUCCUCUGGACUCGGGACGCGGAGUGAGCGGCAGCUCCCCAUCCUGCUACCCACAACACGGGCACGAGCAGGGGGGACGACCACAACUUCAACCUGACUCAUUUUAUGGCUUUGAGGAACAACUGAGACCCAAAAAAAAAACACCCAUGCUCUUCUUCUUUUUAAUGAGUAAGAUACUUUAGAUAUGGCUUCAUCCGUGAGCGGCACAGAGGAGGUCCGGGUGUCGGCGUUGACGCCCCUGAAGUUGGUGGGACUGGUGUGCGUCUCCCUCGCCCUGUGUCUGGAUGUCGGGGCCGUGUUGAGCCCGGCCUGGGUCACGGCGGAUGACCAGUACUACCUGUCCAUGUGGGUGUCCUGCUGGAAGCCCGUCAUCUCCGCGGAAUAUUCCUGCAACAGCACGCUGGUCACCGACUGGCAGAUCGCCACACUGGCCUUGCUGUUGGGGGGGGCGGCCCUCACCCUGCUCUCCUUCCUCGUGGCGCUGAUCUCCCUGUGCUCAGGCUGCAGGAGUCGCUGCUACAAACCCGUGGCUGUCAUGCUGUUUUCUGCAGUGGUGCUCCAGGUGUGCAGCUUGGUCCUCUUCCCCAUCAAGUUCAUAGAGACGGUCAGUCUGAGGGUGUACCACGAGUUUAACUGGGGCUACGGCCUGGCCUGGGGAUCCACCAUCUUCUCCUUCGGGGGAGCCAUCCUCUAUUGCCUCAACCCCAAGAACUAUGAAGACUACUACUAAAAUAUGUGAGACAAGAGGGGAAAUUGAGACUCUGUUUCACCCGGUGUCCUCUCAGUUAUAGGACCUUUCUGUCUGUUACACAGUGCACAACCACAGAUUAGAAAAACAGGAAAUACAAACGCUUAUUGUUAGUUUCAGGACUGGAAAUGAGCUCUUCCAUUUGAUACUGUGAACAUUGUCUUUGUCUCAAAGACUGUCCUUACUCAUUGGACUGAAGCCCCGUGGUCUUUCAGGAGGUUUGGCAGCAAACCGGGCUGUGAAAAAGAAAUCCAACCCAGCCAGUUUAAUUUGGGAGAGAAUGUCAGAUAGCGCUGCGUCCACUUUAAGUAGAACUCCAGUAGGUCUUAGAUUUGGGCAGAAAAUCUGGAGGGAACAGAUGGAUUCACUGACCCCAUACCAGGACGAAUAGGUGGAAUAAUUAGCCAAUCAGAGCAAAGAAUGAUGUAAACCCG